AUGGCUAAAGGACAGGUCCUUGCUCUUCUGCUCGCGCAGUGCGCGUCCCUCGCUUCUGCCGCUCCCCUUUCAUGCCCCAAGCGAUCGUCCGUCCCUGCAUUGAGCUCAUCUCUCCUCUCUUCCACCGCAACUCCCAUCACCGCAUCCCUCUCAGUCCGUGCCGACGCCGCAGCUCCAGCCGAAUACACUGCGAAUCCCAGAAUUGGCAGUGGCAGCUCUGACUCUGUCGAGUCAGCCCAUUUCCGUGUGCUCGGCGCCUCGACCUCCACCAAAUCCAACCAGACUCUCCAGCACCUCGAGGCCGCCCACUCCUGCUUCGUCGAGACCCUCGGAUGGCGCACCCCCGGUCUCUCCUUCAACACGGGCGGUGUUGGCAAGGAGGUCGGCCCCUGGUACAAGUUGAACGUCUACAGCAAGCAGGCGUCCGACAUGCCCGGCGCUGCAGGUGUCCAAGGUACCGACAUGGAAGCCGGCCUUGCGUAUCUGGAUGUUGUAGACGAGUUCCUUGACGUACCCGACGUCGUUGUCCACGGGUUCGGUCACUCUAUGCACCUCAGCGAGCACAACUGGGUCGACCAGGGCAACACGGGCGCGUGGUGGGAGCCGAUUGCCAACUUCAUCGCAGACACGUACGUCUCCACCCCGACUUGCAACGCCGCACGCGCCGCAGCCGGUCUGUCAGGCAAAGACGGCGACUCGGUCAUCGAACUGCAGAAGGUCAUUGGCGACUCGCACCAGGUCAUCGUCGAUGGCACUGUAGACUCGGGCAACUACUACCAGUCGUGGCCGUUUAUUGCUUACCUCACCAACAACCCGGACUCGUACGCAGGUCUGGGCAACGAUACGCUUCUCCGCAUGAUCCGCGAGUACAAGCUGCAGUCCAACGAGACCCCGCUCCACACGCUCGAGCGCCUCCUAUCCGAAGCGUCCGGCAACGUCACGGUCCAGCGCGUCGUAGGCCGCUACUGGGCGCACAUGGCCUACGUCGACAUUGGCCACGCCAAGGCGCACGACGCCUUUACCGCGCAGCGCCGCAGCCUUAGCUACGACAACCUCGACGGCUCCAACGGCGCAUACACGGUCAAGUCCGCACGCGCACCGCGCUACAUGGGCGCCAACAUCAUCCCGCUGACCGCCACUGGCGCCAGCGUCGAUGUCGCCAUCACCUCGGAAGAUGCAGGAUACACGGCUACUCUUGUAGUCAGCAGCGCCAGCGGAGUCAAGUACACGGAUGUCGUGGGUGGCAAGGGCAGCGUGCAGGUUGCGGAUGGCGACGAGGUGAGCCUUGUUGUUGCCAAGACGCCCGAGGUGGUCAUGUACGAUGCGUUCAAGAUCGGCGACGAGCUGAACAAGGGGCUGCAGUACAGCGUGAAGAUGACGGGGGCGACGGCGUAG